CCUCUCGCAUCUCCAGGUUGCUCCCUCUCGCAUCUCCAGGUUCCUCGACACCCGGCAAUCUUGGCAGGAUCCGAUGCCCGCCUAUAGCUGUGCUCAGCCGACCACUUUCCUCUGUUAUUUUUGCUCCUUUUUGCUCCCUUUGCUCCUGUUGGCUCUGCGCUUCGUUAUGGUGCUGCCUGGGCUGCAUUGCCACUUGCCCCCAAUUCUAGCCCUUGACCAACAACUAGCAAACCAUCCUGCGCCCAUUGCGCCCCCCAUGGAGAAGUUAUGCCGUCCCCCUGGCGGCCAGGACCCUCGUGCAAUACAGUGCACCUCGUGCAAUACAGUGCACUACCUUGCGCUAGCUCGGAGUUUUUGCCUUACCCCGCGGGAGCUAGCCUACAAAACCCCAGGGGGCAAUUGCCGGCGCAUCCGCUGAUAUAAUUGGCCCGGUGUGGAAAUUCCCCUAAUGUUAAUUUCUUAUCGAUCGUCCAUUGCCCUUCCAGGUUGCCCCUCUCGUCACUUUCUUAUCCUCACCUCACGACAAUUGUCUGAUCACCCGACAAUUAUCUGAUUACCC